GUCAUCACAGUUUUUGCAGACGAACUUUUAGAUUGAAGAUCUGCAGGAUCAGAACUAAACGAGAACGAAGCAGAACCAGGACUCGGAGAUGGACUGGGAUCAGAACCAGGACUCGGAGAUGGACCGGGAUCAGAACCAGGACUCGGAGAUGGACCGGGAUCAGAACCAGGACUCGGAGAUGGACCGGGAUCAGAACCAGGACUCGGAGAUGGACCGGGAUCAGAACCAGGACCAGGAGUCCAGCAUCAGGACCAAAGCGGGAUCUUCCUCUGCUGGUCUGCAGAAACAUAAAGGCAAAGAGAGACCCACAAGUUAUCGCUGUGAUCACUGCAAGAAAGUCCUCACCACUUCAUCAGGUCUGAGAAGACAUAAGAUGAUUCACACUGGAGAUAAACCGUUCAGAUGUGAUCAGUGUGGAGCAGCUUUUACCCAACAAAAUGAUCUAAAGAUUCACCAACGUAUUCACACUGGAGAUAAACUGUUCACUUGUGAUCAGUGUGGAGCAGCUUUUACCACAUCAAGUCACCUAAAGAGACACCAACGUAUUCACACUGGAGAUAAACCGUUCCGAUGUGAUCAGUGUGGAGCAGCUUUUACACAACAAGGUCAUCUAAUGACUCACCAACGUAUUCACACUGGAGAUAAACCGUUCAGAUGUGAUCAGUGUGGAAAAGCUUUUACCACAUCAGGUAGUCUAAUAAUUCACCAACGUAUUCACACUGGAGAUAAACCGUUCAGAUGUGAACAGUGUGGAGCAGCUUUUUCCAGGCGAGAUCAUCUAAGGACUCACCAACGUAUUCACACUGGAGAUAAACCGUUCAGAUGUGAUCAGUGUGGAGCAGCUUUUACCCAACAAAGUAAUCUAAAGAUUCACCAACGUAUUCACACUGGAGAUAAACCGUUCAGAUGUGAUCAGUGUGGAGCAGCUUUUACCACAUCAGGUAGUCUAAGGAUUCACCAACGUAUUCACACUGGAGAUAAACCGUUCAGAUGUGAUCUGUGUGGAGCAGCUUUUAACAUAUCAGGUAAUCUAAGGACUCACCAACGUAUUCACACUGGAGAUAAACCGUUCAGAUGUGAUCAGUGUGGAGCAGCUUUUACUGAGUCAGGAAAGCUAAAGAUACACCAACGUAUUCACACUGGAGAUAAACCGUUCACUUGUGAUCAGUGUGGAGCAGCUUUUACCAGACAAGAUCAUCUAAGGACUCACCAACGUAUUCACACUGGAGAUAAACCGUUUAGGUGUGAUCAGUGUGGAGCAGCUUUUACUGAGUCAGGAAAGCUAAAGAUACACCAACGUAUUCACACUGGAGAUAAACCGUUCACUUGUGAUCAGUGUGGAGCAGCUUUUACCCAACAAGGUAGUCUAAUUAUUCACCAACGUAUUCACACUGGAGAUAAACCGUUCAGAUGUGAUCAGUGUGGAGCAGCUUUUACCCAACAAGGUAGUCUAAUUAUUCACCAACGUAUUCACACUGGAGAUAAACCGUUCACUUGUGAUCAGUGUGGAGCAGCUUUUACCAGACAAGAUCAUCUAAGAAAUCACCAACGUAUUCACACUGGAGAUAAACCGUUUAAGUGUGAUCAGUGUGGAGCAGCUUUUACUGAGUCAGGAAAGCUAAAGAUACACCAACGUAUUCACACUGGAGAUAAACCGUUCACUUGUGAUCAGUGUGGAGCAGCUUUUACCCAACGAGGUCAUCUCAGGACUCACCAACGUAUUCACACUGGAGAUAAACCGUUCAGAUGUGAUCAGUGUGGAGCAGCUUUUACCCAACAAGGUAGUGUAAUUAUUCACCAACGUAUUCACACUGGAGAUAAACCGUUCACUUGUGAUCAGUGUGGAGCAGCUUUUACCAGACAAGAUCAUCUAAGAAAUCACCAACGUAUCCACACUGGAGAUAAACCGUUCAGAUGUGAACAGUGUGUAGCAGCUUUUACCACAUCAAGUCAGCUAAAGAAGCACCAAUGUACUCACACGAGUGAUAAACUCUAAAGAUGUGAUCAGUAUGGAGUGCGGAAUUGCAAAAAACACCUCAGCACAGCAAAAAAAAAAAGCAAAAUAAUCAGACAACAUCAUACCAAAACUCGAAAGACUAACAUAUGAUGCCCCCUGGACACCUCCUGGGAAGGUGCUCCUGGCAUGUCCCACCAGGAGAAGAUCCAGGAAACACCAGAGGGAAUGUCUUUUGGCUGACCUGGGAACGUCUCUGGAUCCCUCCAGAAGAGCUGGAGGAAAUGUGUGGGGUGAGGGAAGUCUGGACAUCUCUGCUCAGACUGCUGCCCCCGCUAACCAGUCCCACAUCAAGUGGAUGGAAAUGGAUGGAUGGACAAAAUCCAUAUAUCUGCAAAAAGCACAACUUUGUUACACCAUACUGAGAUACAGAAUGUAAUCUAACUAUAGCAUUAACUAUUCCACAAAUACUGCGUUAGCGCAUCUCUAACAUCUCUUCCUCCUCUCCACCCCGAGCCACUGCCACCACUGGCUGAAGUGUUGCUGCUGCAGGUACAUCCUAUGAUGUUUCAUAAGUCUUUCCAUGACUUUCACACAGAUUAUGCAGUGGACAGGAAGUCAUCACCAUUCAUUUCACCAGUCGGACAUCACAGAAGGCAACCUGCUGAAUUCAUCUUCCACAACCACUCGUGCUCAGUUGACUUUGUGCUUAAACGCAGACUGUUCUGCUGUCAGUCGUCCAGUGUCAUGGAAUGGUUUCAAGAGCCAGUCCUGCAAAGGAUAAGUAGAGUCUCCAAGAAUGAAAUACCCAGCAGUCACUGUAUAUUCCUGAUGUGAGCUAGGAAGAUGUUCCUCCGACUGGCUAACUCCUGUGUAUGUAUUAUAUAUGUAAUCAACCAUUUGUCCUUGAGAGCUGAACUUUCAGGAUCGAUUCCUUGAAUGCUUUGCUAAAUUUGCCCCUUUUAACAUUUCCUGAUAUUUUAUGUUAAAUCCACUGUUUUUCUGCAAUUUCUGUACAUUUAAUAAAUUUCAGUACCCUUUUACCUGAAGUCUCCAUUAACACCAAACUUGGCACAAUUAAUUUUUUGGAUUGUACUUGUCAAGCCUAACAGGUUUGAGGACGAUUUGUCAAAAAACUUAAUCGUACAGGAAUAUAUCAUGUUUCAUAUCAUAUUUAUUAAAAAGAUCAUAACAGUGUUAACAUAUGGAUAUUUAGUAAGCCAAGAGGAUCCUUCUGGAUCUCUGCCCUGAACUGGACCAGCUGCUCCGGUUCAGACCAACAUGUUCCUUUCAGUUGGAGCUGCUGACAGGUCGGACAUCUGUCGCCAUGACGACCGUAUGGGACGAGUACUGGAGACUAAAGCCAGAUCCUAAAACAUCCCAUAACUGCCUGGACAGAAAAACAUUAAACACAUUUUGCAUGCGAAAAACCGGUUCUGUAAAGUUGUCUUUUAAAAUAAAACUAACAUGUCACUGAAAGGUUGGU